AUGUAUCAUAACCAUAUAGAGCGGAGUGCAUUAGCGGAAGGACGCUACAGAUGGAGGCAUGACAAGGUCCUCAUGGAGAUCGCCAAGUGGGUGGAGCAGCAGAGGAUUAAGGCGAUCAACGACCACACCCCACCACCUAAUGCCAUAGGAUUCCUGAGGGACAUUUGGUUCUCUUUUCCAGGAGCACUAAAACCAUCACUGUGGCAGAACAUAACGUGCCCUGGGAGGAGAGGUUAGUCACGUCCCACCAUCUGAAAAAAGACAAGUACCAGGGCCUGAUUGAUGAAGCGGCUCUGAAAGGGUGGCACGCAAACAUUUUCCCUAUUGAGGUCGGCCGCCGCGGGUUCCCAGCAAAAUCGGUGCGCUACUUCCUCCAGAGAGUUGGUUUGGAGUCCAAACAGCUAAAGAAAGCCACCAGGGAAAUAGCCACAAUGGCAGAGUCCAGCUCAAGAUGGUUGUGGCUGAAGAGGGCCCAAAGUUGGAACCUUUCUUCAGGCGAAGGCUAA